UAUGCGCAAAUGUAUUAUAUUAAAUUCAUUUGAAGUUAAUUUUCAUUUUGGUGCAAAUGUUUCACUAUUGAAUUUGUUGUAACACAAUGUAUAUAUAUUGGUCAUGUAACAUAACUGUGGCAUGGUGUUUAUGUUAUUUUCGUUAUUUCGUUAAAUUUGUUAAUGUGCAUUAUGGAAAAAGAUAGGAAAAGGAAAUUUGAUAGUGGUAUUCUUUCAAAUUCUUAUCGUGAAGGUAUUGGAAGAGUGUUAGGAGUAAAAGGUCAUAUGACCUAUGAAUUACCUCCGGAAACUAUAAAAGAGAGGCAAAUAUUUUGGGAAAAUUUCUUCCUUGAAUAUUCAGAACAGCUUUCAGAUGAUAUUGAAUUCGAUGUCAAAACGUUUGAACUAUGUUCAAGAAAAUAUCAAUCACCAGCUGUAGAUAAAUGUAAAAGUAUUGUACAACAUUGGGUUAAUACUAGUUAUUUACCUUACCAAACGAGUAUUCAUAAAAUUGGUUAUUUAGAAAAUAACCAUUUCAGUAUAGAAAGAGGAUUAAAUAUGAGCUAUACAAAGCCACAUUGUAAUGAAAGUUUUCUUAGCAGUUCUGUUGAUACAGCUGCAUAUAUUUUAUCAAAUACAAACACAACAAAUAAAGCAGAUACAAUGGUUAUUGUAGAAGGAGCAAAACAUGAUAAUUUAGAAAAUGUUUCUGAUAUAACAUAUUCUGAAAGUACAGAAAUAUCAAAGAUUGCUGAUAUAAUGCAUGAAAAUAAUGGAGAAAACAAUACCAGGGAUAACAAUAAUAGUAACAGGAGGCAACAUUCUCCAGUAACUACUGAAAUAAUGACAUGUACAGUGCCACAGCAAAAUAUUGAUACACAAGAAAAUGUGGACAUGUUAGAUCAAGCACUCAAUACGAAAAGUCCAUCACCUGAUAAUUGUGAAUCUUAUUCUUGCAAGCUAUCAAAUAAAGUAUCUACACCAGAGCAUUCCAAGGAAAGUUACUUGAGAAGGUCUUUACUGGAUUGCAGUGCUAUUAAAAUAAGACACCGUAAAAAGUUGUACACUGGUAGAGACUCACCUGUUGAUCUUAUUACUAUGGAACACAGUCAUAAAGAAGUACUAUGUAAAUUAACCCAACACAUACAUCCUGCAUUAAAUUUUAAAUAUCCAUUACAAAAGAAGAGAAAUAUUCGUAAGAAAAGAAGCUUCAAACACUGGAUGGUUAAUAAAAGUUUAAUGAAUAGUACUCUGUCUAUAUCAGAUUCUAAAAAAUCUGAUGAAGUAGAAAAUAUUAGAAACUAUUCUAACAGAUUAUCUUCAAAACUGUAUGAUCUUAAAAAGCUUGACGAUGCACCAUGCGCGAAUCGAGAAAUUUUAAGUAAUUCAAACAACACCCAAGAUUUAAAUAAAUGCAGUGAGAAUCAAUCUAUAAAUAUGUCUCGAUCAAGCCAACCUGUUAGUAGAAAUCAUAAACGAGAUUCUAAGAACAAUGAAUUGAAUGAUAAAAUAAUUCAGUCAGAAAAAGUUAAUAUAAGAGCAUCUGACACAUUCAGUAACUUUAAACAAUCAACAAGCUCGAAUUCAGUGAUUCGGACAGUCGACAGUCGGAAGCAUAAAAAAAAGUUGAAUAAGAUCAUGAAUGAUCCCAAAAACUUGAAUCCAGUAAUUGCUCUAACAAGAUUAUCGAAUCUUGAUAUUCUGAAAUAUAAAAAAUUAAAAAAUUACUCACACAAUUUACAUCCAGUGGUUUGUUUAAAACGAUUAUCAGAAUCUGAAAUCCAAAAAUACAAACGGCCAACUAAUAUGAUGAAAGAUAAAAAAUACUUAAAUACAACAGUUAGUUUAAAAACAUUAUCAGAAGCUACCAUUAAAAGAUAUAAAACUGCCCAUAAUAUGAAAACGCGUAGUAAAACUGAUUUAUUAUCUGAUACAGUUAAAUUAUCAGAUAGUAGUAUGAAUAGAUCUCAGCUUUCAUUAAGAAACAAAGCUAAUGGUUUAAAAUCUCCAUCAAACAUCAUUAAUGUAGGAAGCUGUGAUACAGAUAGUAAUCAAAGUACUAUUUUGAUUUGUAAAUGCAACAGUAAAACAUCUGAUAAUGCAUCUCUAAGUAAUGUUGUUAGGUCGUCUAAAAAACUCGCUGAAUUUUCUUCCCCAGUUGUUGAAACUUGUAGUAAUAGCAGUAGAUUAAAAUUAAGUGAAAUAAACAAAAAUUUUAAUUUGAGAAAAGAUAUAACAGAUAGACAAAGCAUUGAUAAUAUAUUAAAUACAUCCAUCAAUUCACAAAACUAUAUAUGUAAUAGAUCAUCUCGUAAAUCAAAAACAUCUAAAAAUGGAUACAGUGAUAAUGUACAUACAACUAUUGAUAAGAAGUUGAAUCCAAAACAUCGUCGAACAAACAGAGAAAAAUUAAAUGUAACGAAAGAACAAGAUGAGAAUGGACGUAAUAAUUUAAUUGAAGGAGGAAUUUGUAAUACAAUAGUUUUAGGAAAACAUAAGUCUGAAAAGCAAGCUGUAGUAAAAAAUCUAAUAAAAACCUUAUAUAAUGGUAAAACUAAGAAGAAUAAGAACAAGUUUAAUAAUGCAAAUCGUUUGCAUUUUGAAACAAGACUGUAUGAUUCUGAUUCAGAACUAACUUCAGAUUCUGAAUUUCAUUCAUAAUUGUCUAAUUAGUUACUUUGAAAGAGAGUGACUACAAACAAUCAAGACUUGGUAAAGGAAAAUAAAGGUAAUAAUUCAAUGAACACCAGAGCAAUCCUCUAACACGGAUUCUCUAUGGUAAAUAUAGUAGAUCCCUGUGUAACCCGGAUUUUUCUAUAAAUACAGUAGAUAUACAGCAUAAAUUUUUCCCUAUCAGGAUGAAAUAGACCCUUAUACAGGGGUCUGUAGUAUAUGCUAGGUAUUUUAUUAUUAAUUUUAUAUGGACAAAAUAGUAUGUAACAUACUAUGCAUAGUAAUACAUAAUAAAUUAUAUGACUCUUUUAGUUUUAUUUUAGGUAGCAAUGUAAAAAAUACAUAACAAAAAUUACAAUUUGUUCAUGUACAAAAAUUUAACGAAGCUAAUGAAGUUUUUUUAUCAUGUGUAGUAAUAAAUUGUAUAAACAUAAAACUUCCUUAGUUUUUAAUUAACGAACUGCAACGCCUAGCACGUGUUGCCUUGAAAGUGCUAAAUGAAAAGAUUGAGAUACAUAACCGUCAAGUGUAAAUGUAGCGCUUAUAACGUUAUCAAAUCCAGCAUUUUUAAUAUGCGUGAUAGGAUCAAUAUCUAAAUGACAGCCACCAAACAAUGACGGCCAUAUUCCUGUUUGCGAUAAUAUCUUUUGUAAAUAUCGUAUGAAAGUUCCUUCGUUUGCAGGAACGUGUUCUAUGAACAAAUAUUGACCACCCUGAAAUAAAUGAUGAUUUAUGAUCCGGAUAUAUAUUUGAUUAUAUCAAUAUACAGUUUAAUAAUAUUCAAAAUGAUUAUUAUGUUACCGGUGCUAGUACUCUGCGAAUUUCUUGAAGCGUUGAUUGUAUCGAUGUCACCGAACAUAAUGAUCUUAUUGUUACAACUACAUCUACGUAUCCUGUAGGAACAUCUUUCAAGGAGCUACCAUCGCCAAUAAUUACACGUUCAAUGAUAAUAUGUGAAAAUUGCCAAGAACGAUUUCCUUUUAUUAGAUAUUCAGCCAAUCUCACAUUUCGGUCAACGCCAAUCAGAUGAGUAUUAUCUGGGUAAAACUGUAUAUUUUCACCUGUAACGUUUGUAUUCAGUAUACAGGAACUGAAUACAGAGGCUACCCAUUAAGUUUGGGUAGCCCUUUAAUUCCUAAUAUAUUGAAAAUUUGUUUAUAUGAAAAUGGCAUGGUGAAAGAGAGAACAUUCUUUUUAUAUUAUUAUUUAACAAAAUGAUUAUAGUGUACAGAGCAGUUAUAGUAUAACUGAAGAGUUAACACGUUCAGGCCCAGGUGGGUAGAUCUACCCAUACCGUAUCAGUGGAACAGAUCAAUGAUGCGACAUUCAUGGACAAUGUGACUUUUGAUUAUGGGAAUGGUGUAAACGUGGAAGCGACCCAAGUAGUCUUCCUUCGUGCAAUAAACCGCAAUAUAUAUAAGCAAGUACUUAUCGAACGAUGAAGGGAAUCGACUUCAGCGAAACACGACACUGUGAGGUAUACAAGACGUACUUGAGAAGAAACUCUUUUUUUCAAGUGUCGCCACGGCAGCGAAGUCUACGGCAUUGUCUCCAUUGUUGGCGAAUCGUAAUCAAUAUUUUCACAAUAUGGCGCCAUUGUGCUUAGCACGAGCGAGGUGCAAGGGUUCUUGGUACACUCUGCGAAGCUUUUAUCCCUCGGCACCGACGCGGAUCAUUGUUUUAAGAAGUAACGUAAAAUAAAGUAUCGCCAAGCGACGCGUCCUCUAUAUUCAUCGUAUCCACGGUCUCUGAUGAAUAUCAAGAAUUACAGUUGGGAAAUUUGAAAGGUGAAAGAAGACAGGGUCUGCUAGAGAAGAAGAAAAUGGUGUCCUCGUGCUGGCAUGCUGCCUUAACCUCGGAAAUAAGUACUCCUCGUAAAUCACCAGUACGGUCCAUUACUUUCUUGCUUCAUCUCGAGUUUCCUUCAUGUAUUGUAAUCGUUUACGACUUGUUUGACGAGUCUAGUUAAUAUAUUUAUUAGUUUAUGGCGAGGUA